AUGGCCGAAGUCGAAACCCCUAUCACUCCAAAGUCUCCUAUCUAUCUGGAUACCCUUCUCUCCGUCACGGCUCUGGCUCGCUUUGAGUUUGAACCCGGAAAAGGCAACGAAGGAACCAAAGUCAUGAUGGUGGAGUGGCAGGAUGAUGACCAGUCCCGACCGAAGUCUGGGAAGUGGCAGGUCUCAUGGUCGGGCAAACGGACAGUCUUCCCAGCAGACGACAAUCCGUCAGACAACAUUCGUCGUGUAUACUUCCUUCUGCCCCCCGGCGCAAUCAUGCCCCCGCAUGUCACUCUUGCAUAUCAUCCUCCCAGCGAACCCUCGCAGCCGGAGCCGACCCCGUUAAGAAUGACGGUCAACCCUCUGCCGGCCAUUUUUACUCCCGAACUAGGUGCCACCGCCAAAGCUAGUGGCAAGAAAGGUGUUUUGCACACAAUUUGGGCUAAAAAGAGACUUCAAAUUCUAGAAAAGGAAAUCAAGCACGAGGAAGAGCACAACAUAGAAGGCGUAGCCUUGGAAAUGGCCGUGUCUGAAAGACGGUGGAUUGAAAACAAUUUCGGACUGGCUGUCAAGCCCCCUACUUUGGAUUUGAGUAAUCUCUCCAAGUCACCGACGGGUCCUACCAGUCCAGGCAUUUCCAGCCCCAAGUCUCCUGGGGGGAGAAGACUCAGUGAGAAAUUGAAAGGACUGAGCAUUGGCACGAGUGAAAAGGAUCUGGCCGCUCGAGGCCUCAACACACCAACACGAGAGGGGAACCCUCUCUCACCCGAGGCUUCCGAUAUGGCAUACUCGUCCUUCAGUGCUUUCCGGAAUGGCCCUGUGGCGGCUCCGACUAAAAAGGUGGUCGCGCAAGCUCCGCCAGAGGCUAUAAGAAAACAACAAGAACACUCUCCGUCAACCUCGCUAGAUUUUGUGACCAAAAAUUCGAGCGAGACAAUUGAAGACGACCUUUUUGCGGUCGCUCUGAGUCCACGAUCCCCUGAUGGUCCUAAAAGUCCUUUUUCCAUCUCCAGCGCGGAAGUCGGCGCAUUUGCCAAGAUAAAAGGUGAAAGAUGA